AUGUGGAGCUCGCUUGCACUUCUCACUUUUUUCGUUUCUCCUUCUCUCCAGAGCGCUGUUGCAAAGCAGUUCGCACCCCUCAGGUUUCAAAAAGAUGGAACUUUCCAAAUCUCAAUCCUUGAAGAUCUACAUUUUGGCGAGAACGCAUGGGAUUCCUGGGGUCCGGAGCAAGAUGUCAACUCUGUUACUGUGAUCAACAGAGUGCUGGAUGCUGAAUCACCAGACUUAGUUGUCCUGAAUGGGGAUCUUAUCACUGGAGACAACGCCUUUCUCGAAAAUAGCACUGUGUAUAUGGACGAAAUUGUAGAGCCUCUUGUUGAGCGUGGGUUAACCUGGGCCUCCACCUACGGUAAUCACGACAGUGCUUACAACCUCUCACGAGCUGCUUUGCUGGCCCGAGAACAUCGUUGGCCCAAUUCGCGUACCAAGCAGAUGGUUUCUGGUCGUGAUGCUGGAGUGACCAAUUAUUAUCUUCCUGUCUACGGUGCGGACGACAAAUACUCAACCAAGGUCCCAAAAAUGCUGUUAUGGUUUUUCGACAGCCGGGGUGGUUAUUAUUAUCAGGAACUGGAUUCCUCUGGAAACGAGGUGGCGCAACCGAAUUGGGUCGACACAAGUGUGGUCAACUGGUUCAAACGUACCAAUGCUGAGCUUGUAGAGAAGUAUCGCAAGCAAAUUCCUUCUCUCGUGUUUGUGCAUAUCCCGACGAACGCCUCUCAAGCAUUUCAGACACAGGUUGGUGUCAAUGCACACCAGGAGCCUGGAAUCAAUGACGACUAUGUUCUUGCUCAACAGGGAGAAGGUUGGUGUGCUGAUGGUAGCAACGAUAGCUCCUGCGAAUAUGGCGGUCAAGACGUCCCGUUCAUGAAAGCCCUUGUUGAAACCCCUGGUGUGAUUGGAGUUUUCUCAGGCCAUGACCACGGUGAUACAUGGUGCUACAAAUGGGAUACCCUCAUUUCCGGUAUGUCGGUCAAAGGAAAUGGAAUUAACCUUUGCUUUGGGCAGCACACCGGCUAUGGCGGGUACGGUAGCUGGAUUCGCGGAUCUCGCCAAGUGCUUGUCACCGAGUCCAAGCUCCAACAGCAUGAGGUCGAUACGUGGAUUCGACUGGAAUCUGGGGGCGUCGUUGGCUCCGUCUCGUUGAAUGCAACCUAUGGCGAAGACAGCUACCCAAGCACUCCUGACCAACUCUCAUCGUGCCCAACCUGCAACUACACACUCGAGAGCAACUAA